AACGCUUAUAACAAUAUUAUGUAUGUUCGACGUUUGAAAAGUUUUUCAAUAACUAAUGCAGAAUUUGGUUCCGAAGAUAUAAAAGUCUUGCUAAAUGGAAAGGCAUUCGUUUCAUCGGGUCUUCAACUUUUUGGCGAAGGCAAAAAGAAUUCUGUGGGACGAAUAUUUUUGUUUGAUUUUAAAAAACCUCACGAAAAAGUUCUGAAGCUUGAAGUUUUGGAUGAAAAUAGUAGAGAAAUACCAUUGACUCCACAUGGCAUGGAUAUCUGGGUUGACAAAAAAUCAGGCAUUACAUAUUUGUACGUCGUAAAUCAUUACGCUGGAAUGGAAAGUGUGGAAAAGUUUCAAUUUCUUCCGGAGUUAAAACUGGUUCGAGUGAAACAGUUUCGAGAUAAGAAUUUUAUUUUGUUAAACGGAUUAUACAUGAUUAAUGAGGAUCAGUUUUAUUUCACAAACUCCUACUAUUUCAACAACGCUGUGGAGUUUUUGCUUGGAUUAAAAUGGGGAAGUGUUGGAUUUUUCGACGGAGCAAAGGCGGAGCUCGUCUUGAAGGGAUUGAAUUUCCCUAAUGGUAUAAUCAAAUGGAAAAAUUUUCUCGCAGUUGGAAUGAUAACUUCUGAAAAAUUGAAUUUGUAUUCCAUUGGAAAUGAUCAUUUUUUGACGCUUAAUAAAUCUAUUGAUGUUGGCUCUGGACUUGAUAACCUGAGUUUAGAUCCCAACAAUGGGGAUUUGAUUCUGGGAUGCCAUCCUUCCAUUUAUAGAGUGGUCAAACAUUCCGCAGAUCCAGAUGCCUUUAAAGCUCCUUCACAGAUUUUGCGUUUGAAGUAUAAAGAAGAUGAAACGACGGAGUUGUCUGAAAUAUACAGUAACGACGGGUCAGAGGUUUCCGGGUCGAGUGUGGGCGUGCUGUACGAGGAUGGCAUGCUCAUUGGCACUAUCUACACGGACAUGUUGUACUGCAAACUCGAUCGUAACAAAAAGUCUUUCUGAAAUUGCCUGCUGAACAUAAAUUUAUUUAAAAUUUA